ACGGAAAAGAGAGCCAAGAAGACUUAACACAAGUAAGAAAAAAAAUACAAAAACAAAAAAAAAAGAAACAUUGUAGAAAAUUAAAAAAACCACAAACAAACAGACCAAAAGAAUACAACAACGAUAACAUACACCGAAAAAAGUUGUCAGUGUCCCUGCUCUGUUGUUCGUAAAUGAUUUGAGUCAUCUUUGUGUCAAGAAUAUGCUUCAGGCAAAGAGUUUUAAGAAGAUGCCAGAGCAAGCUCUUUGUCAGAGCAGGCUCUUUGCCAGAACAGGCACUUUGCAAAACAGGCUCUUUGCCAGAACAAGCUGUUUAGAAACACACACAAAAGAAGUCGUUAAUGAAAAUGUUCUGAAAAUUUGCAUGUGAAAAAUUUUGGGUUACUGCUGUCAUUCUUCCAUAAUUAUUCAUAUGUCUCCUUGAGAAAUGUGCUCUUGCGUUAUAUUUUCAUUCAUCUCAAGAGGAAUAGCUAUCCCGACGAGUUAAGACAAAGAGACUCAAAGUUUGUUCCAGCAUCACAUAAAAUCCGGUCUAUAGGAAGAACAGAACAUAGUAGACGCACUGGGGAUUGUUAUUGGAUCCACCACCAAAAACUCCAGACAAACUGCAUUAUAUUUUGGACGGAACUCCCUUGAAAUCACAGGCAUAUGUCCUCUCAAGUAUCACCUAGAAACAUGGCGUCUGAGUCGCUCCAUUCUCGCCAAAACAAAGCAGAUACGUUCGUCGUUUCAAUCCCUGACGACGCAAAUGGCAACCAGCUGUUUUUAAAGAGAUUGAACGAAAUAUACAGCCCUGCGCUAAAGUUGUUGAAGCUUUUCGGGGCGUACUAUGGACAAACUAAUUUAAAACAUUUGGAAUGCAGGCCAACCAGUCGGCGUGGAAAACAAAUAUUUUCGAAGAUAUAUUGUGGUCUGAUGAUUUCCCUUUUAUGCCUUGACUGCGUUAUGGCUGUCUCUGGGAUUUUUACCUCAGGGGCAGAAUUUGUCUUUUUGAUGUUUGCUCUUAUAAAACUUAUGAUAGUUAUCUGUGGAAUAACCUCAUUAGCUUUCCUUCCUUUAACUACUCCCAGAAGAUGUCGAUUCGAACAAUAUCUUCGUAGCUUAAUCACAAACAGCAAAGGUAUCAAUUUUAAUUUUGUGAGGAAAAAGUCGAGAAAAGGCUUCAUAGUUAUCUGUUUACUUUAUGUACCAAUUGUUACGUUUGCCGUUAUCGGUGAUCAAAAGUUGGACCUUGGCCUUACUUGUUGUAAGCCUUGGAGUGAGUGGUUUGGCUUUCGAGUGAUUGCGCAGUUGUCUACAAUUAUUGGCAGUGCAGUGUGGUUGCUUUCGAUGUAUUUCUUCUAUCUAACCUGUAGAAUCCUAGUAGAAUGUUUCGAUGGGCUUUAUAAGAGAAUGUCAUCAUUAUCUCCGCUCUCAGCGGACUUUCCAUCUUUGAAAAUGGAACAUCACAAGUUAUGCGAAGUAGUCGAACUUGCCGACAAGAUGCUCGCUCCACUCCUUCUCGGGGUUGUGGCGUUAUACAUCCCAAUGCUGUGCAUCAGUUUUUACAACUCUGUCAUUUUCCAAGAGGAUUUGAAGUUGAUGGCCCUUGCUGCUAAUAUUUCCUGGUGCUUUAUUGCAGCAGGCGUCUUAGCAAUUGUCCUGUUCUUUGGAUCUAAAGUCAGCGAAAAGAUUCACAGUUUUCAAAAGAUUUUGCAAACGCUUCCCGUCUCGACAGCAGAGGAAGCAAAGGUAUUGCUAUUUUUACUCGACCUUCAAGGAGAACCGAAAGGUUUAUCAAUUGGAGGAUUGCUGGUCAUAUCCAAGUCCACAUCCUUGGCGAUUGCUGGAAUGAUUGUCUCCUACUUCACAGUUCUUCUAUCUUUGCCGCGUUGACGUUUGAAAGAUAUAACAUCGUUUAGUUAUGUCAAUUAGAUGGUUCUCAGAUUUCAAUCGAGGGCUAGUCUCUAUCACUGAAAUUGUUGGUUUUCUCGAGGUAAAAAUUGAUGUCAAGGAGAAGCCUUGUGACAUUUUAUCCUUUUUGGUAGCAAUGCAGCCUUCAGUAGACUUGCCAUUUUAAAGGUUGUUGUAAAGUUCUGACUUGUGCUCUGGAGCAUGCUUUUCAUUUAUACGAAAAUAUUGUGAUAUAGAAAUGAAAUAUGUAAAAAUUUAAUAAUAAGUCUUAUUUAGUGACUGAUGCAAAUCCUUAUAAUUAUGCUCAGAUAGCCCUUGAUAGGUUUAUUGUAAGCCAUGAUAAUAGUUUUGUAGGUUGUACUGACAAAGGAUUGUAAAAAUUUGUAAUAUUAUGGCGCCAUAAUAAGAACCGGUUUUUGGUAGUAAUAUUACUAGGCUUAUAACAAAUGAUACAAUUUCUUUAGAGAUUGUUUAGUGUUUAAUUUUUUUAUCAGUUCACAUUGAUAUUUGUAAAAGUUGCUUAAAAACCAUGUUGAUUAAGAAAAUUCACGUCUUAAUCGAUAAAAUUCUCUCAAAA